UUCCUCAUUAUGAUCAACGCGUUGCAUUCCCUACAAGUUCGAUGGUCUUACAAAACGUCAAACAUGCUCCUGAUUUGGGGCAUUUUCUUCGCUUUAGCAAGUUUUAGCUGUGUCAACUGUUUGUCGUGCCUGCACUGCACGGACAUCCAGAAUCCUCGUCACUGUAAAUAUGUCACGGCUUGCCAGUUAGGAGAGGUUUGUCAUAUUCACCAGAAAACUAACGUCUUUGGGGAUGUGCUGUUUGACCUGGGGUGUAUACGCUCAUCGGCGUGUUCGAACCGUUCUCAUGGAAACAACGCGUGUGACGAAUGCUGCAAUACAGACUUAUGCAACUCGGCUGGAUGUGGACAACCCGGAUAUCCACACAAUCGCGGUCCAAUAUGCUACAGUUGUUCAUCUCAAACCACCGAAGGAAACUGUCAUAAAAUUGACUUUUGUGGAAGCCACGAGGUAUGCACGAUAGACACAGAACGCGAGUUUGGAGACACCGUGUACACGUCUCAGUGCGCUGUAUCGGCGUAUUGUGAAGAGCACAAGACGGAAGUUGCAGCAAUUAUUGGCAGGUCUGUGUCGGAUGAUACGAGGUCAAUAACGGAAACCACUUGUCGUCGAUGUUGCGAUAAAGAUCUUUGCAACAGUUAUUGCAAACCGUUUAAAGACUGCCAGGAUCUACAAACAUUCACCAUCAGCAGCGGCGUGUACAGUGUCAGACCAGAUGGGACUAACGAAGACAUUGAAGUGUACUGUGACAUGACAACUGACGGAGGGGGAUGGACGGUAUUUCAACGUCGUGUAAAUGGAUCUGUGGAUUUCUAUCAAAAUUUCUUUAUGUACGAAAACGGCUUUGGAAGCGCUCGUGGCGAAUACUGGCUUGGUUUGAAGUACAUGCAUGCUAUGACAUCCAAAGGUCAAUUAGAACUGCGGAUCGACUUGAUGGCAGCUAAUGGAACCAUGGUUUAUGAAGUGUUUCCUAACUUUAACGUGUCGUUAUCACCUAAUUACACGAUGAAUGCUGGCAGUGGUCACGGAACUGCUGGCGAUGCGCUAUGGGGAGUCAGAGGAAAACCAUUUUCAACUUAUGACAAAGACAACACCUCUCUUGGCUGCGCUAAACGUAACCACGGAGGCUGGUGGUACGGGGGUGGUGCAUCGGCUAAUCUAAAUGGAUUGUACCAAACGCCUGGAACAGACAUUUCUUACGAUUCUACUGGUAUUUAUUACAUUGGAUUUGGAUUGGAAGCACUGAAAGAAACAAAACUGAUAAAGUAUGCCGAGAAGGAAGGGGGCUGCAAAGCAGCUACGAAAGCAAAACCGAGAACUCCAUCACCAGCGAAUGAUGGGUUCGAGGUUGUUCUUGAGCCAGAACCUAUCUGUAACAGUGGGCCCACUGAAACAACAGAAAGCGGAGCCCAAUCAGAUGUGUCUAGCGUUGUCGGUACCCGACCAAAGAAGGCAAAACUAUUGUCCACUCUAACACCAGUAGAGGAACAGACUAUGUUUGAGUGGCUGGAGGCACACCCGAUACUUUAUAAAAAUUAA